AAUACUUGUAAGAGAUAUAUUUUUUACUGUUUUUCACAAAUUCCUCGGGGUCGCAAAUAUUUUUAUAUUGAAUGUGUGUUUUUAAAGCGUUGUAGAGCACAGAUAUUGAGCUAGUGUUGGACGCUUGCAAACAUAAAAGCAACACCGUACGUGUGAUACGCACAAAAACAAUUCAUAAUUUCGCUUGGUGGCACAUUCAUGGAUCUACAGCAAUUGGAAGAAGAGGCGCUUCAGGCUGCCCUAAAAGACAUCAAAAACAUGCUUCAGCGUCCAGGUCAGCUGGAGAAGGUGGAACAGUACCGCAAUAGAAUUGCACGUAAAAAAGCUUCGGUAGAAGCGUUGCUGAAGACAGGUAUGCAAAAUCAGUUGGAUGGCGUGCUGGUCGGGCUGAAGCAGUUGGAAACCUGCAUGCAAGAUGUACGCGAAGUUCGGCAACGUAUGGGGCAGGUGGAUCGACUGCUUCGCGGGGUCCCAGAGAUUUAUGAUGCAUUAGAGGUGGUACGCGAGGAGAACACAAAGCACUCUCAGUACGCCACGGCUAUGGAAAAUCUUAAGCACAUAUUCAAUGUGGACGCGAGUGUUCAAAAGACAAUGGCUCUUAUCGAUGAAGACAAGCUGCUGAACGCCCAUCAGUGCCUGGCAGAUCUGGAGAACUCCCGCGACGAUUUACUUAAAGAGUUGCACAAACAAUCCAAGCAGCACGCCUCCGACAAGAUCACUUUGAAGCGACAUUUCGAAAAGGUGGAAACUGUGUCGCAGGCGCUGGAGAAGAAGCUGCGUCUAAUUCUUAGCCGCACAAUUAACACGGUGCGCAAGGCCCCCACUGUUAUAGUAACGGCAUUGCGAAUAAUAGAACGAGAGGAAAAAAACGACCAGUUCCUGUUGCAACAGCAGAAGGUGACCGGUUUCUUGCCUCCCAACCGUCCCAAGGAGUGGCGAAAAAUGAUCAUGGGCGUUUUGCAAGCGGCCGUGGUGACGCGUAUAGAAGGCUCCAAGGUAGAGGAGCGGAGUGACAACAAGAUGUGGUUAGUGCGACACCUGGAAAUAUUGCGUCAAAUCAUUCUAGAAGAUUUGCGAGUGGUCAAAUCGUUAUGCGUGCCCUGCUUUCCGCCACACUACAAUAUAUUUACUGAAUAUGUUCGGUUUUAUCACGAGGGUCUUUCCAGCUAUCUAGACAACAUAGCGCGAUCUGGUCUAGAAGGUAAUGAAUAUGUGUCUAUAUUGUCAUGGGUGAUGAACACGUAUCCAGGUGUAGAACUAAUGUCGCACCCCGACCUAAAUGUGGAUGUGCAGCAGCUAAUUGGACCGCUGCUUCGUCUAGAGCACCUUAAAUCUCUGGAAGACGAGUAUUUGCAAAAUAUACUGCGCAAUUAUCAGGAAUGGAUGACGAAGGCUGCUGAAACAGAAAAGCAGGAAUGGUUCUCUGAAACGUUUCCCGAUCAGGACGAUCAGUAUUAUCAUACGUCGGCGCCUGUAAUUAUUUUCCAGAUGAUUGAUCAGCACCUGCAGGUGACCAAUACCAUACAUCAGGAGCUGACAUUCCAGGCGCUGGUCAUGAGCAUUCGACAGGUUGAAGUAUUCGGCCAAACUUAUUUAAAGAACGUCAUCGAACUGAAGGAGCAUCAUUUUCGAAAUCGCGACCAAAUCAAAUACUUCACGCACUACAUCAUUACGAUUGUGAACAAUAGCCAGCAAAUGGUUGAGCUAGCGCAGCAGAUGAAGCAAUUGUAUUGGCCAAAGUCGCGCACGGAACAUUAUGAGGAUUUCGAGAAGCUCCUUUCCACAUUCCAGAGAAUUCGCGCCCAUGCCGCUUGCUACCUUUUGGAGGAGGCAUUCCUUGAUAUGGAGUGUCACUUUAACGAUUUGUUCACCGUUAAAUGGCUUGCCAGCAACAUUGCAGUGGACACGAUUUGUGUCACACUGGACGACUACUUUCAAGAUUACAACCAUUUGCGACCCGCCAACUUUGAAAUGGUUAUUAAUGAGGCGCAGAAGCUGCUUGCUAAGCGCUACAUACGUGCUCUGCUAUCGAAGCGAUUGUCUAAGCCGCGCAACGAAUGUGAUGCUAUCACACGCAAAAUCAAUAUUGAAGCAAAGCGCUUCAAGCAGUUUUUUGAGAAAAUCGCUCCAAAGAUUUCACUCAGCGAUUCACCGCUGGAUCUCAUAUCCACACUAUCGGCAUUGUUGAUCUCGGACAUUGAACUGUUAGUGCUGGACUUGCACACAUUGCUGGGCAGUUAUCCUUCGCUAAGCGAGGACCACUUAGUGCGCCUGUUCUACAUUAGGAACGAUGUGAAGGCGGCGGAGGUACGCGAGAAGGUGCAGGAUGCCAUGAAAUCCAAAAAGGCAAUGGUCAGCAGCGCCAAGCAGGACUGCAUUUUCAAAGAAAUUGUGUUCAGCGAUAAGCUGUGGUAGUCCCAUUUCCCAUUUCCUAUGCCCUUUUCCCAUUCAAUUCAACAUAGUUGUUUGUUUGUUGUUGUCGUGGCUCGCUUGGAGCUUUCAAAAAUGCAAAAGCUUUUAGCAUGCGCACGACGUUUGCCGCAACAUACUAUGGAGUAGCACGUUUUCAUAUGAUUUUCAGUUUUGUUUGUGUACGUGUGUUGCCCACGUCUGAGCCGCCGCUGUCGCAGCAGCAGUCUUAAUAUUUAUAUCUUGUAACAUUAAGUAAAAAUUAAUUUAUCUCGCAAAUAUUAAAAAAAUUGUAGAACAAAACUGGAAUGUAUUAAUUUGUAAAUAAAUUAAAACAUUUAUGUACAUA